AUGAGCUCCCAUGUGGGCGCCUCUGGUGUCAACGGCUCAAGCAGAGUUGGGGGUCGCGGAGCUGAGGAUGCCAGUGAAGACAACAGUAACAACGAGACUUACACCCCGUGUUUAAAGGCACUGAGACAGAGGUCGAGGUGUGCGGAUCCAGCUGGAGAGGGGAGGUCGAGCGGUGUGGAGCAGCUGGUGAGACCUGCCCUUCCGGGGAGGAAAGCACACAAGAAGACCUGCAACAGAAGAGGAUGGAGAGAGGGAAACCAAGACAGGGAUGAAGAAAGACAAGUCGUUGAACACGUAGGAGGCAGGGAAAGAGGGAAACAAAGGCAGAGGAAGACUCAAAGAAGUGAGACACAUGGAGACGGAGUCCAGGAUGCACACGGAAGAGGAGGUGCCAAAAAUUCAUCUAGCAGUAAUUCUGACAUCCAGUUAAACAGCACAUUGGAAGGUGGAGAAGGAUCAGACUUGCAAAGGGGACAGACCUGUCUUAGACCACAUGGUACCGGCUUCACCCGAACCAUCCCCGCCAAUUUGAACCCCCAAUAUCCUUGGCCCACAAUAAGGUCCCCUUCUUCUGCUCUCCCUCAGCCUAACACCCAAACAAGAUCCACACCUUCAUCCAGGACUGCUGCAGGAGACCUGCACCACCACUCCUUCAACUCAUCCAGAGAGCCAGAUCCAUUCUGGGUGGAUGUGAGACGAGGGGCGGGAACCGGACGACCAUCGCAAAGCCACCACACUCACAAUCAGACACACAAUCCAUCUUUCUCCAGCGUAGAGCGCGGAGAAGAAGAAGAAGAAGAAGAAGAGGAUGAAGAAGAGGAGGAGGAGGAAGAAGAGGUGGAUGUGGAGGAUGGUGAGGAAGGAGGCAGCGGUGUGAUGGAGGUGCUGAGUCAAACCGUGACCUCGGCAGCCGUGCCGCCUUGUGUUCCUUUUGGGGAGAGAAGGAUGAGUAAAAGAGAGAAGAACAGGAUUAAGUGUCUGAGGAGGAGGCAGAGGAGAAGGGAGCGGUGGAGACAGAGCCAACUGCAGGAGAGCCGACAGAGUUCAACGGGGAACCCAUCCAGCAGCAGCAGCGAGGAUGACGAGGACGUGAGUGCCGGGGACAGGGAAGGUUACAUCUGCGCAGUGUGUUUGGACGUGUACUUCAGUCCUUACAUGUGUCACCCCUGCAACCACAUCUUCUGUGAACCCUGUCUGAGGACACUGGCUAAGAACAGCCCCACCAACACCCCCUGCCCCCUCUGCAGAACAAUCAUCACACAUGUCUUCUUCCAGAAGGAGCUAAACCAAACUGCAAGGACGUUCUUCCCAAAGGAGUACCUAUCCCGGAAACAGAACUUCCAGAAAGCGAGCUGCGCGAAGUGGCCACUGCCGAGCUGCAGAAAGCUUUUCCGAAUCUUUGGAGGCUUCCAGAGGCAGUCCAGUCCCAUGGCCAGACGCCAGUUCCCCCACGGAGGAGGCUACCGUCUGGACGCCAUGGACUUUGAGGACGACUCUCGGGGCUGGCGCUUUGACAUGGACAUGUCCUGGCAGCAAUGAUUGAGCGACAUAGAAAGAGGAGAGGUUGAAAAGAGAUAUAUGGGGAAAAGACUGAGAUGAAGGCUUUAAUGAGAAGACAAUGGGUGGAUCCGAGCAGGUGGGAUGGCGUGGUGAAGGGAGAACAACAGCGCGCCAGCUUGUUUUGUCCCAUUAAUAAAUGAUUGAAAUGGGGAAAUGUAGGGUGUAGGGGGAUGUUUGGAAAUCCAGUGUUCUCUGUUCUCUGUCUCCACAUGAAGCUCUUGUAACGUGGGUUUGCACAACACAUCCUGUUGCUGUCAGGAGGGGAGUCAAUUUACUAUCUCCAAGAACAUAACACUGCAGGACCACCACAGGCACAGUGCAUAUUCCUGUGAUGAUAAUAAUAAUAAUAAAAAAAAGAAUAACAUGA